CUUUUUACCAUCAAGGAUUUAAGAAAGUCAUUAAAGGAUCAAGGGUGUAAUCUAAUGAUCAGGUUCGGGAGUGCAGAAAGUGUCAUACAAGAACUUAUAACAGAGGUCAAGGCUACCACCAUAUUUGCAGAAGAGGAGGUGGAGUACAAUUUAUGCGGAAUGAUGGAUAUUGUUAAAGAGACCUUAACAACAGCAUCUACUGCCGAAGCGGGCCCAAGAAUUGUAAUAUGGAACACUCCAUUUUAUGAUAUUAAGAACUUGAAGGACCUACCAGCUUCACACCGUGACUUCAAGAAACUGAAGUUACCUGUAGUUGUACCUCUUUUCCCAGAAAAAUUGCCUGACUUAGAGAUUGAUUUGGCCUGGGGUCCUUUACCCACACUAAAGGAUUUGAAGAAAUUUUUGGAUGAUCAUCCGGUCGAAUUGAAAAAUAAGUGGACUUCAACAAAGAAGGUUUCAGUUCAAAAUUCAUUGCAGAAAUAUCAAGUUGCAGCUCCUGUUCACCUGAUUGAAGGCUUGGAGAUAUCGAAGUCAGGAAAAAGCAAUAAAAAAAAUUCAAAUUACAAGCAUGCCCAGACCAGGAGACCAAAAACAUCAGUGUUCUUAACGCAACAAGGGAAUAUGGUGGGAGGUGGGACAAACCUUGUGCUCAAUGGGUUGGCUGCAUAUUUAAGAUACUUGGAGGGUACCUCCCGAGAUGACUGGCAGGAGAUGCAUGAAAAAUUGCGCAACACUGAAAGUCGGGAAGGAGCUUCAUUUGGUGCUCUCUUUGGGCCUGCCCUUUGUCUCGGAAUCAUUUCUAGAAGGAGAGUGCAUUAUGAAGCUAUUAAGUAUGAGAAAGAACGAAAUGGUGGAUUUCUAUCUCCCUUUGGAUAUUCAGCGGCCACGGUUAUUGCAGCAGUUGACACUGUUUGCUCAAUGGAGUGGUAUUGGCUUAUGGCUCUGAAAAGUCAAACAAUUGAUGAAGGAAUAUACUCCAUACCUAUUAGAAUAUGGAGAUGGAAUGGUUAUCUAAUUCAGUAUACUGUUGCUGGUCAUGAAGGUGCCGCUAUUCUACUUGUGCAUGGUUUUGGUGCAUUCUUGGAGCACUAUCGUGACAAUAUAAAUAGUAUAGCCGAAGGUGGUAAUCGAGUUUGGGCCAUCACUCUUCUAGGAUUUGGCAAAUCAGAAAAACCGAAUGUCGUUUACACUGAACUCAUGUGGGCUGAAUUGCUCAGAGAUUUCAUAAUUGAGGUUGUGGGGGAACCGGUGCAUGUUGUUGGGAACUCCAUUGGUGGCUAUUUUGUUUCUAUUGUCGCUGGUCUUUGGCCUGCAUUAGCCAAGUCUGUUGUCCUCAUAAACACUGCUGGCAAUGUUGUUCCAGGAUAUUCUUCUGUGCCUUACUCUCAAGAAAGGCAAACCUCAGGGGCUGCAUGGUUGGGCGCUAGACUCCUGCUACUCUAUUUGAGGUCGACAAUAAGGAAUACUGUGAAGAACUUUUACCCAUUUGAUUUGACGAAGCAGUUCUUGUCAUACAGGGAAUGAAAGAUCCGCUGUCUGACUCCAAGUUAAAAUUGGCUAUGCUUAGAGAGCAUUGCAAAGGAAUUGUAGCCAGCGAACUAGAUGCCGGCCAUUGUCCACAUGAUGAGCGGCCGGAAGAGGUGAAUUCUAUCAUUCAGGAAUGGGUAGUGGCUGUUGAAAGCAAAGUUCUUUCUAUUGGCACGAAAUAAAAUGGCAAAUAGACAAGAAAAACGUGAAGGACAAUCUUUCUGCCUCAAAUACUUCAGGUACAGUAUUUAGUAUGUUCAAGUUAAAAAAUGUAGGCCACUUUGGUACGGUAUCAUUCCUUUGUUAAAAUAUCCCAAAAAAUUCCAAUGGGAUGAGGGCCUGAAUGUUAAUGGCCCACUGUGACAAGGAUAUUGAUGUAAAAAUCAAAUUCAUUGAUUGAAUAAUGUAGGGCUGUUAAAAUUUGACAAGACAUGAUUAAUCGACACGAAUUAAAUGGGUUUGGGUGAUAAAUGAGUUGACACGCUAAAAACGUUUAAUAAACG